AAUAAAUCCGUGUUUAUUACACAAAACUAUCACAUUAUACAAUUCUCCAAACUCGCUCAUGCACAUCCUGGACACAAAAUGAUGCGCUUAAUACAUUCGCUUCUACGUUAUUUAAAGUCAUGCGCAUUGGACGCAGAAUGAUGCGCUUAAUGCACCCGCUUCACUCAAGAGCAUCCCGGAUAGUGAUGAUCCUGAUUUCGCGGGGAUCUUUUCUUCCCAAGUUCAAAACAGUUAUAACACAAAGAGAAUAUAUAUGUUAUGUGUUUAAAUCUUAUACAUUGGAUCCAUCCUAAAGUAAAAAAAAAGAGUUAUGGUGUAUGAAGACGCAUAACAUAGACCGCUUCAAGUGCUUGAAUCUAAUAACUUUACCCUCGGUUUGGAUUUGAUGUUCCAGUCAUUUUACGCAGCUCAGAUGAUACUGAAUCUCUCACACUUGUCCCCGAAAGAAAGAUGGUGCUGGUAACCAAUCCAUUUUCCUUGGAGAUGACCUCUAAAGCUGGUACAGUAACGGAGGGGUUGAGCUUGCAGGCAUACUGCCUUGAAGACAGUGUCCUCUGUUGUUUCUGGGGUUGUGAGGUCCGUGCUCUUCAGUCAGCCCUUCAAAGUCAUCAGCAUGGGCCUAGACUUUGUACCCCAGAGCUAUUUGAAGAUGCUCUGGAAUUCAGCUACCACCUCUGUCAAAACUUUAGUUUACAGAGAGAGAAAAAGGAGGAAUGCUUCACCCAAAUGCAACCAGAACUCGGAGUGAAUGAUUUUGGAUUUUUGCCCCGGGAUCGAUAUCCCCUGGUGGCUGUGUUGAUGCUGACCAAUCCAGAAACCAGGGAAAACUACAAUAUUGUGGCUAGUGUGACAGUGCUCCAUGUCCCUGAUGACAAAUACAGAACCUCUGCGAGAAUUUUGUUCCAGUAUCUUCUCACAGCAAAGGGGAGCUUGUAUGAUUUGAAGCCUCUCUUUAUGUCCGCUGACAAUAGCAAUCUCUCUGGAACCGACGAACCAUCAACUACCAGAGAAGGGUCAGGGCUUCAAAACAUAGACCUCGAUGAAAACGGGGAGGAGUCAGAAUCGGAAAAGGAGUGGACAGAUAACCUAGGCAGAGAUUGCGUGGUGUGUCAGAAUGCACCAAUAAACAGAGUGCUAUUACCAUGCAGACAUGCAUGUGUAUGCGAUGGCUGCGUGUGCCACUUCCUGCACUGUCCGAUCUGCAGAGCUUUUGUCCAAGAGUCUUUUGCUUUGUCUAACAAUCCAACUCAUGAUGAGGAUAAGGAGGAAGACUUAAUGCAAGAUUGAACCAGUCUAAAGUCGGUAUUACAUUUGUAAACAAUUCUUUGGUGGACUGGACAUUGUAAAAUAAACAUUGCAACAUCUUUACACUUUGUCUACACCAGACGUGACCGACGCGGCCAGACAAAAGACAUUAGAACCCUUUUUCAUUUUGUCCAGCACGACGCGACAAACCCAUUAAGAACAAGCAGGUUGUCAUGUCGCGCAUGUCGCAUCCGGUGUGCAUGUAGACACGGUGUUUGGGUCAAGAGAUGCAAGGCAGCUGUUUUUUAACCUCUCAGUAGAAUAAGUACCUGUUAUUCUAGCAUCAUAUAGCAUUAUUUUAGGUUUAGGAAUUUUAGAUGAUCAAGAUUUUUAUUUAUGUUUAUAGAAGAGAAUAUUUAUUUUUUCUGUAUAUUUGUUAAGCUAACAAAUACAUGUUUCAAAUGGAUAGUUUUGAAGGUUCUCAUCAUAACUCAGAGUAAAAUAUAUUUUGAUCAUCUGCUCCAGAAUAUUGCCCCACUUAUACUGCGAUUACCACAGAGUUGCCAUAGGGAUAGCCAGGAGAACCAAUGUUCUGACAAUCUAUGCUACCUCCUCAGAAUGUGCUACCAGUCUGACUAUGGGUUUCGUCGGAACACCUGGGGCCAGUUGUUCAAAAAGUAAUCUGAUUGGAUUUCAGCUAUCAGAUUGGAUCAAAUCUUAGAAGUGGGUUGUUCAAAAGAAAAGAAAAUGGAUCUGGAUUAGGUCAGUAUCCAUCUCAGGCCUGAUCAUUACCAGCAAAUCCGCUGAGAAAACAAAAUGUAUCUGACCCGUUUCAAGUCUACACAGAAUAUUAAAUGUUAAGGCUCUAUAGAAGAGAUCAUACAUCGCAGCCUUGAUGAGUAAUGGAGAAGACAAACACCAUUGUCAUUCACUCAAGCUUCAAAUGACACAUCACUGUUAUCACUGAUCUUCAUAUUCUUUUCAAUUGACUUUCACACCACUGCGUCUAUUACGCUGUUAAAUGCUGCUUUGCCUGGCUGGCUGUGUGCCGUAAAUGAAACAUUAUGGUUAUUUUUAAAGGGGGCAGGGUCACUUUAUAUGUAUUGCGCUCUCUGCAUUUUUCAGAUGAAAUUAAGUCAACACAUCAAAUAAUGCUGUGCAUUCCAAGGCAUUGCAGUGGGGCUUUAAUGUCUGUACACUUGCUGUAUCAUCCCCUAUCUCCUGCUGUAUCUAGUAGACUAUGUCUUAAGUGAAUGCAAACAAUGGAUGUGAUCAGAAUUAGCUCUUAAAGUGACCGUAACCAAAUGAAACCUGUUGCUGUCUCUAUUAUAAGUCUAUUUAUUACCAAAACAUUUGGCAGUAAAACAGUAACGUAAUUGUUCAUUGUAAGUUAUAGCACUAAAUGAGAUGUUAUUGUAAAGUGUUACAAACAUUUUGUGAUCUAUAGAUCGUUUCAUGGGAUGCGCGCCAGGACUACGGUUAACUUACAACUAUUUAUAUUUAAAGUUCACCAUAUACAUAAAAUGCCAGCUGUUAAAAUUUACCCAUGCACAGGAAUAUUGUUUUGAUAUUGGUAAAAAAUCAUAUUAUGUCACUGUUUUAUGUGUCAGUCAAAACAAAGUAAUGUCUAGAGACUAGACAUUAUUCUUUUAAGUCA